AAGAUCAUGCUUUAUAUCUAAAAUCUAAGUUCAAUUUACAAGAUGGCUAGCCUUCUAACUCAUCACUCCCCUCGUUUUUCCCCAUCCUUAACUUCGCUUUUUGAAAUGGUGGACAAGGAAAAAUUAUGAGAUAACUCAGUAAGUAAAUAUGGAUAGCCCUUAAUUAAACUUAUAGCAUGCGAACAAGUGUAAUAAAAAAAACAGAUAUAGUACGGGAAUGAAAUAGACGUCUCCUCUAUAGGUCACGGCCAGUGUUAUAAACCUCCCACUAGCAAGCACACGAUUUACUAGUAUAUAAUCCCAUUAGUAGGAUAACAGUAUAACAAAAAUGAAUCGGUUCUAUCAGUAACAUGUCGACAUGUGCUAGCGUUUAUAAACCUCCCACUAGCGGGCACACGAAUAACAUGAUCAUAUCGAAGACAAAACAGGCAGAAGUUAACAGAAAAUCAUACUUUACAGAUAAUUUCUAGAUCAUCAAGGCAGUUAAAUAAACUCCAAGAAGGCAUGCUCAAAUCAAUAAAAAGAAUAAUAAUUUCAUUUCAAAUCAAUCAUACUUAUGUAAAACGGGUUUAGUCCCGCCACCACUUCAAAAAUAAGCUAAAAUGUGCUUU